UGGAGGUCCUUCCUUCGUGAAAGGUGAGGAGGCUCUUUCGAUCUGGUUGCGUCCGUUUGGUGUUCUCCGAUUACAACUUAGCAUUUUCUUCCUUUCAAAAUCAAACCCGAGGGGCAGUGUUUAUUCGUUCAGGAUAAAACCUGAGCUGAAUUCUAACUUAGAGAUGUAAGACGAGUCACCUUGGAGCGCGAGUUUUGAUUGCAAGCGGUGAAUGGUGAAUUAGCAUCCUGUAGAUUGGCUGUCUUUGCAAGGCUUUGCUGGCGUGCUUGCAAGUCUUCCAAGUUGAUUACGAUGUCUUCAUUCAUUCAAACACAAACCGCACUGUUUUUACUUGUUUGGUCUGCGGGUGCGAGUGGCAUUUUAGGCAAUAUAAACUCUUUGUUAGUCGUCUUCUUUGAUGGUUAUAAAUURUCUUUUGUUUUGUUUUUUUCUUCGUGAAGGAAGUUUCCUUUCUUCCUCUAUGAAGUCUCUGUUGUUUCUUUUGUUUCUAGCAAUUUUACGCUAUGUGAUUCUGACCUCUUUGUUUUUCCCCUCGUUGAAUCCGGACUUGUUGUUUUACGGCCAGAUAAUUUCUAUAUUGUCUUUUUGUUAAUUAUUCUCAACAAUCUUUAUCUCCGGAUGUUGCGAAGUACGGAAGAUUUGUAAGCGCUUUUUCUGCAAAGCGGGACGGCUUGAUUCUUUACCGGAAAUCAGUCAGAUUUGUAUCUGAGAUCGACCAAGCAUCUCUCUUUGAUGGCUCAAACUCGUGUUUUUAAUUGCUCUAAUGACUCUUGCAAACUUUUCGCGAUUUAAAGUUGACAGGAUCACUUGUAUUUACACUUCACUGGGAUUUGCACAACUUUCUCCGAUACUGUUUGCGUUCGAUAGCCAAGUAUUGAUGUGUUGUUUGUGUCAUUCAUGUGUUGUAAAAAGCAAAACCUUUUUGUUUUGAUCAUAAGUCUUUUUCAAUAUUUGUCUCCGUUGUUUGUUUUGAAGAAGUGCAAGCAACGUUUGUUGUACUUUAUGGAUUUGUUGAUCCUCGCUGUGCCAAACAAGUUGGAAAUAUAUAAUCCUUUGCGACUGUUCUAAUCCCAAAAGAACCAAACGCGCUCUAGAAAUUCGAAGGAACCCAAACUCGCGCAGAGAAUUACAAUUUUUAACCGUAAACAAUGAAGGUAAAAUAAAAAAAGAUUCAAAGAACUCUCUCUAAGUAGACUUCCUGUCUGAUAUUCAUUGAAUGUGUGUUUUAACCUCGUUUUUAAUUGUUUUCGCGAAGAGUAAUGUUGAGUCCGUAGUCAGGCGAGUUUAGAUAAAAAAGAUUUGGGGACGCAACUUUUGACAGACUAAUUCGCGGUCUUAAUCAGUAUCCAAAUGGCCUUCCGGAUACGAAUUAUUGACAGAAAAACUUUUUACUUUACCAACAAUGGGCCAAAUAGAUCCGACUGUUUUCUUGUUGCCUCCUGGCGAAGUCUUUCAAAUUAAUGACUUUGUUUUUCUUUUGUUCGAAAUAAUUACUUGAAAGGGAUUUUAUUGAAAAAGUGACUGCCGGUCAUUACGAAUUGAAUCAACUCCGACAUAAUUAUUAGAAUUUAUGAAUUGCUUAAAAUACUUCAAACUCAUAAUGUAAAUAUUUUGUGUCUUUUAUGGCAAGUAAAUUAUUGCUUUCCUGUAGUUAAAAGUGAUGUGAGUUUAUUCAGUAAAAACACCUGAGCAGAUCUUUUGUUUUGCUUUAUCUUGAACAAGUACUCUCCAUCACUGUUUAUGCCAGAAGUUGUCUUGUCUUGGACGUUUAAGUCAUUUGUUAGCAUGUCUACUAGAAAGAGUUAAACCCUUCAAAGUAAUAACAAGUCAAAAAGCUAUUUUGUCAUUAUUGAUUUUAGGUUUUUGAGUUUAAGGAAAGACUAAGUAAGUAAGAAGUCACUUCACUCAAUCAGCUGCCUUGACUAGUAAUUUAUGCAAAGCAAACGUUUAAGCUGGCAGAGGCUGUGCAAAACGUUGUUGUCCACUUCUCCCACAAGCAGCCAUGACAAGAAAACAGUUUUUCAGGCCGAGCUGUGCUUGGCAGGCAUACUACAUUCGAAUGAACAUGGCUACAGAUCAAGGGCAGUCUGAUUCAAACAGUAGUUUGGAGGGUAUUCCGGUGAAGAGAGCCAGAAAAGACAACACAUCAGAUGAUAAAGAAAGUYUAGACUCGAGUAGAGCCAGUACACCAGAACAGCCUACCAGUAAUGGCGUAUCAAAAGUUCUYCAUGGAAUGACCCCCCCUGACUUAGACAAAGCAGACUCCUGGGAUGUAGAAACAUCAAUAGCUGGAAAUACUAAUGAYCUGGGUGUAGGUGGUCCUAACGUCAUUGCUCCGGUAUCUACAKCAACRUUAGAGUACAGUGAAGGAGGCACCACAGUCACUAACCUUGACAGCUGUGCGUAUGGUGUUCCAGCUAUGAAUAACACUGACAGCACCUCACAAUUCCAGGUAUCUGGACAGUACCUUGCAAACCCAUCUGGAUUCUUUAGCCAGCGUUCUUAUCCACAUAUUGUUCAAACUCCACCGCAGCAUGGCGUCAGUCAGUAUUCCACAGGGGGAGGGGUAAUACAAGGAACAGGCAUGACAGGCGGCACUAGUUACUUGUACUCUCAAACAGGGGGACAGUCUGGAUUCCCAUUGGUUCAGACUGUCAGGUACCCUACCAGUAAUUCACCUUCAAAAUCAAACAGUGAAACAGGUACCACGACUUCAGAUCAAAACCAAGCUGGGCCUAUACCUGAUAUAUCAAUCCUACGACAACCUGUCAGUCCCUACAACUCUCCUUAYGGAACAACAGCAUAUUCUACCGUCAUCCAACAAGGGCAGACUGGGUUUAACACGACUUACCCUCAGCAGUUUUCURCAGUUACCUAUGUCGCAUCUACUACUGCUCCCGCAUCAACUACAACUGGUUACACACCCCAGCAGAGCGGGCAAGCAACUUUUCAAUAUCGAUAUGGUCAACAAAAYAAUGUUCAAGGGGGAGGGUAUGCGUAUAGUUUUCUAAAUGCACCACCCCCUGCAUAUUCUCCACGCACUUAUAUCACUCAAAUGAACAAUACGCCACCACCAAAUACAGUCGCAGGGCAAGCAAGUACGUACCAGCUGACAUCAUUAGUACCUAAUCAGACUGUAUCUGAUAGCGGUAUUAUGACGUCAGUUGUCCARUAUUCACCUACGAUAUCCACAAGUCCCAGUCCUCCUCAUUCGCCCRGCAAACCUCAAGACAAUUUAAAUAAUGCAUCACUCAUUGGAGGCAGCCCAGAYGACUCGCAAGUCAUUGGACUUGGUGAUGGUGUCAUCGUGGCAGGUGGAAAUAAUAAUAAUAAUCGAGCACGUGGAAGAGGAGGRCGUGGYGGUAGGGGUAGAGGUAGUGGACGUGGUCGUAGAUCMACUAGUGCUCCACCUCCUGAAUUAGAUCAUAAUCUUGAUCGCAUAUUUGUUUGGGACUUAGAUGAAACAAUAAUUAUUUUCCAUUCGCUUUUAACUGGUUCGUUUGCUUCAAAAUUUGGGAAGGAUGCUCCUUCAAGUGUAUCUCUCGGUCUUCGUAUGGAAGAAAUGAUUUUUAAUCUUGCAGAUUCUCACUUGUUUUUUAAUGAUUUGGAAGACUGUGAUCAAGUUCACAUAGAUGAUGUUGCUGCAGAUGAUAAUGGUCUUGAUUUGAGUACAUAUAACUUYGAAGGGGAUGGAUUUCAUGCUGCAGCAACGUCAGCAACYCUCUGCAUGGCCACUGGUGUKCGUGGCGGUGUUGACUGGAUGCGUAAGCUYGCUUAUAGAUACAGAAAGAUUAAGGAGGUCUAUAACAGCUUUAGAAAUAAUGUUGGAGGUUUAUUAGGUCCUGCAAAGCGUGAGACUUGGUUACAACUACGCAUGGAAUUGGAGUCACUAACAGAUUCAUGGCUAACAUUAGCUUUGAAAGCUCUUACUCUCAUACAUUCCAGAUCGAAUUGCAUGAAURUUUUAGUAACAACAACUCAAUUAUGUCCAGCAUUAGCAAAAUGCUUACUCUAUGGAUUGGGAGGAUUAUUUCCCAUUGAAAAUAUAUAUAGUGCCGCGAAGAUAGGUAAAGAAAGCUGCUUUGAAAGAAUAGCCAACCGUUUUGGCAAAAAGUGUACAUACAUUGUAGUUGGUGAUGGUAGAGAUGAAGARGCAGCAAGUAAACAGAUGGGUUUUCCAUUCUGGAGAGUGAGUGCCCAUUCAGACUUAAUCAACCUUCACCAUGCACUGGACCUUGGUCACUUGUAGACGUCGGUAGAAUCAUAUCCAGUUCAAUACUUCCUACAUUCAUAGAAAUGCCAUUAUUGAUAAUAUAAACUACUGUAUACUCCCUUCUUGUCUGUUUUCUAAACCAUAUUUGAUUCUAAAAUUAGUCAGAAUUGUGCUAGUAGGAAAACUAAUAUAUGCAUUCCUACAUUGAUAUAUGUGUAUCAAAAAAUGUGAAAAAAAAAUUGUUUGAACACACAAAAAGGAAUUAGUGAAAUACAACAUUUCAUGUAUAUUUUUUAAUUAUCUGAAUUUGAACGGAAACUAGAUUAUCAUUGAACAUCAUGACAUACAUGUAUUUUAACAUUAUGCACGAAAUUAUUCAAUACCAAUACAAGUGUCAGUAUGUGCUCUCUAAUGUUUUAUGUAUGAAAUCAUUCGAUAUCUUUACAAGUAUUUGUGUGCGCCAUAGUAUUUUUCAUUUGUUUUGUUGUUGUUGUUGUUGUUGUUGUUGUUGAAUUCUUUAGGGGUGAAGGUAUUACUUUAAGAUGUUUUGACUCAUAUACUGCUUGUAUUAUACUGCUAUCAAAUUCCAGCAGUUAGUGUUAUAUCUGUUUAUUACAACAGAAAACAGACAAGAAGGAAUACAGUUGUCAUUUAGGUUCAUUUCUUUUCAGCAUGCUCUCUUUAAAGGGUUUUGUUUCAUAAUAUUACUUACCCUUUCAUUUAUCCAACAAUAUUUUAGAAAAUUAUCUCCUUGUAAUGCUUGUUAUUUUGGAUAUACAACCAUGUAGCUCAGUGCUUCAUCCUGUGAACAUUUUUUKGGCCAUUUUGAGAAUCAUUAAAAAAUUGGAAUUUGUUUUUUCGUUUUUUGAAGAAAUGUUUGAGAAAAAUCUCUCAAAAAUUGUUGGCCAGCUAUCUGUUCACUGUAUGAAGCACUGUUUGUAUCCCAAAGGGUCAUUUUUUUGAUCAGAGCUGUCCUUAAAUUAGUUGGUUAUGGCAAAAUGGUCUACAGAAAUAGAAAAUAGAGGUUACUGUUAGGAAAAACCAACUCCAACCAAUUCCAGUUUAAAUUUAAACUUUGAAGCUCUUGGCAGCAUUUAACAAUGAGAGCUUGACUCAGUUUUUACUUAUUUUACCUGGUUUCUAUUUCUGAAUCUUAUUUUGUCAUGGCUGAUUUAGUGGAGUUCUGGUCACAAGACCCAUUAAUGCAAAACAACUAUUGUUCAUUUCCCAGCAUAGAGGAAAGCAAGGUAUCAGGUCAAAACAUAUCCAACUAUUUGUACAGAACACGUAAUAACUUCUAAAAAUUUCAAAUGCAUUUUUCAAACCAUGUAUGUAUUUGUACAUUGCACUGCAAUUUUUAAAAAAAUAUUCAAGAAAUCCAGCAAGAUUUUGUUGCUAAAAAACAAAGGCUCGAAAUUCAAUAAUUAUAUAUAUUAUAUAUACUUUUAAAAUGUCAAAUAUUAAGAAAGGUAUCCAUGUAAAAAUAUAAUCGCAAUAUGUCUAACUUUGGGUUUAGUUAACUGAAUAUAUAAUAAUUGAAUACAUUUAGAAAAUAUAAGGAGAUAUCAGUUCAUGUUCAUUGGAAAAACAAGCUAUCUUCGUUAGCAGUGUGAAAAGAAUAUCUUUGGCAAAAGUAUUUCAAUAAUUUGUGUUGAUUCUCUCUAAAAAAGCUACUGCUUCCGAUUUAGACUGAAGAGAGACCAUUUGAAACAUUUUUCAUAAAYACUGUACAACGUUUUCCAGUUUUUAGAGUGCGAACAAUACAGACUAAUGUCAUUAAACCUGUCAAGCAAUACUUCACAAAUCGAUACAAAAGAAAACAAUUAUAAUUUUAGAGCAUUGUACUGGAAAAAUUAUUUCACUGGCUCUUUGACUUCAUUCUUCUUUGGAAAUAAACAGAUAACCAGUUUAGUUUAGUAAUUAACGGUAAUUGUUAGCACCAUAGGUAUAGCUAAUUGACAUUUCACAAAUUAGCUGUAACUCUUGGUAAUGUCUCCAAUCAAAUGCCAGAUGUCUGCUUAUUUAGCGCUAUUUAUUGUGCACUCUGCUGAUAUGGGUCCCAGUCUUUUUUUCAAGMUUCCUUGCAAAGGAGCCGUAAGUAUCAUUGGAGCCGUUACUGAAGGACAGAAUUUUUUCCCCUUGUAAUUUGGAUGAUAAAUGUUGUUUACAUUACUUAUCAAUAAAGUAAAUUUUCCAUCGAAAACUAUUCAAAAAUUUUUGAAACAGGAAUACGUUGUACGGUUGGAUAUAACUUUCUAUUAAAUAAGUGGAAUAGAAAAAUAUAAAUAUGUGCAUACACAUAGAAGUUUGAUUGAAGAUUUUUAUCAAUUAUGAAUAAAAUUAAGAACAAUAUAAUUAUAUCGUUAA